AAUAUAAAAAUUUUCCAUAUGUAACUUUCCCUUUUUGUUGUAAAUGUUAAGUGCAUGUUUUCCGUAUCUGAACAAAACAAUAUUUUCCAAUUAUAUACAUGUGAUAAGACUGUAUGUAUUUCUAUAUUUUAUAAGGUUAUAUAUAUAUAUACAUGAACCAGUUGAAGCUCUUCGGGAAAUCCCUCGACGAAGCCAAAAAGGGCAGAGAACGCAUUUGGUCUGCGAUUAUGACCCUCUCUCGCUUUCUCUUGGCGUUAUUUAUCUCUGGAGCGAUGCUGAGCGGGACGGAAGGAUUGGGGAAGUGCCACGUGCAGCUCGGCAUGUGCGGAAAAUUUUGCGCCGAGAGGUGCGUCUGGUCGUACCUGAACGGCAAUGGGACCUGCGACUCGGCCGGAGUGUGCCAAUGCGACUACGACCCGCAGCUCAAAAGCAGCCGCAUCAAUAUGGGGUUCUACACGAGCGGUUGUACGGACGAGCAGUGCACGGUCGAUUGUACGGGCAAGCUCCAGCAGCGGGCCAUCAAUAUCCGUGGCUCGUGCGUUAGCUACACCCCUUGGAUCUCUUGCGCCUGCCUGUUUGACGAGAUCAUCUGUUAAAAAACUUUUUCCCUUUCUUUUUCGAGGUUUUUGUUGUAUUUUUUUUUCAUA